AUGUUUUCUUCUCAAAUAAAUUUUAUCGAACAAUUAACUUAUCGUCAGAUACGAACUCAAUUGAAAAAGCGUCAAUUGGACUCAAAUGGGAAAAAGCCGGAACUUGUGAAGCGAUUUAAACGUGCUUAUGAAACAGAAUGUUUAAAUCAAUCGACAACUUGUACUUGUUUUGAUGAUCUGCCCAAUGAAAUCUAUCGAGAAAUCUUUGAUUAUUUAUGUACAUGGGAUAUUAUUCAUUCGUUUUCGGAUCUGAAUCAUCGAUUUAAUCAAAUUGUGAAAGAUGUUCCAAUGAAAUUCAAGUUUAAUACAUCGAAUAAAACGAAAUAUAUGCGAACAUUGAAGAGUAUUGUUCCCAAAUGGAUUCCACAAGUUGUGUGUUUGGAUUUAGGAAGAUCAUCGACAGUCGAUCAUUGUUUUCCGAUAUCAUUUAGUUCGAAAAUUGUUAUUGAUUUGUUCACUCAAUUGUAUAGUUUUACUCAAUUUCCUAAUCUUCGCUGUCUUUCGCUAAUAUCACCAACGAGCGAACAGUUGGAAUCAUUGUUUUUCAUGAUAUCCAAUCUUUCGUCACUCCGUACACUUCGUUUGAUUGAGAACAACUCUUGUGAUUCACAAAACCAAACUGUUUGUAAACUUACCUUGGCUAAUCGUCGACCAUAUAUAAACAACAGCAAUCAUAAGCAUCUAUUUAUUGAAACCAGUCCUCCAUUCAAUACUCUUCUUCUUCUUCAAAAACAUCUGAGUACUCAAAUGAAAUUUGAUUCGAUUCAAUUGAACAUUCGUUGUGGAUUAUACUUUUAUCCUCAAGCAUUACGACCUAUCAAACUGGAUUCCCUUUCAUCUCUUAUGUCAAAUUUUAUUUAUUUGAAAGUCGAUAUUCUUGUUGGACCUCACCAAGCAGCGUUCGAUUUAAUUCAACGUUUUCCACAAGUACAUCAUUUAUCGGUUCGAACGGUAGCAACUUCUUAUGUAAAUGGACAAUAUUGGGCAGAUUUACUUAGUCAAAUGCCGAAUCUGAACAUAUUCGAUUUCGACAUAGCUCUUGAUUCGGAUAAUAUUCAUCAAGAAAUACAAACCUUUCAAUCGAAAUUUUGGCUUGAACGACAAUGGUUCGUUCAAUAUAGAAAAACACAUACAAAUUCUCAGCAAUAUAGAAUUACACAUCGACAUAAUCAAGUCCGAUAA